AUGGCCCUCAGCCCCGACAGAGUCGUAGCACGUUGCUGUGCGGUAAAGAGCUGCCGGGUCGUACCGAGGUACACCUGCCAUGGGUGCCCGCACACCUACUGCUCCACGCAUUUUGGAAGUAAAAAAGCUCACCCCUGCAAGGCUGUCCCACCCAACGACUUUUCCAAUGCUUUCGACUACCGCAGGCUUGCCGAUCGCAUCAUGCUCGUCUCCUACCUGUAUGCAACCCCCAUGAGGUCACGAUUGGACGAGAUCCGCCCUGGUGUGGGAUAUCGCUUCGAGGCGCCGACUGCAGACAUGCUCAUUAAGGGAUACGAGGCCAACAAGGCGCUCGAGGGUGGUCUCAACAUCCACAUUCCCAUCACGUUUGACGACGGCGUCAAGUGGCUCGUCCGGGCACGCAAGUUGAACCCAGAAGUGGACAAGACGUUCCAGCAACUGGGUCUCGCCAACGAGCUACACACCAUCAGCCUCCUCCGGGCCAUUGCCCCAGAGUUUAUCCCCAAUGCGUGGGCCUCCACGCAGCAUCCUUCUCUGUACCACAUUCCGCACAUGUUCGUCGAGUGUGCUGCUGGCAAGUCGUACAAGUCGUACUUUGAGUUUAUCCACGAGCACGACCCCGUCGCAUACUUCCAUCUGCUCGAGCACCGGCACGACGCGGUGGUGGGGGACAAGGCCGUCCAGCCGUUCCUGGUCACGGUCCGUGACUUUGCCCAGUUUAUGAUCAAGAUCUUGUCCAUAAAGUUUCGCGGCGUGGGCAGUCUGUGGCCCAAUGUGUAUAGCACUGCUCCCAUCGGACGGAGGAACCCGGGCCAUGUCGGCAAGCUGGUCUCGCUCGCGUACUCGGAGGUGACGGGCCCGUACGUGACCAGCAGGGACUUUUACCUCGAAGUCAUCAACGAACGCAUCGACAGUGUCUUGAAGGGCCACGACCGCCAGUACGGUAAAAACUACAGGGAGGGCGAGUGGGACGAUUUCUACUUUCUCGCCCUGCUCGAGGUACACCGCCUCGUCUCGGAAUGCGACGAGAUGAGGCUCGCCAGCGGCCCCACGUACCUCCGUCACGGUGACGAAAAGUUUGACAUCAUGUUCCUGCGUCCCGACGGACACCUCGCCGCCAUUAUCGACUGGGAGUUUGCCUACACGGCCCACUUGCCCGAAGCCAUUGCGUGGGAGGUGUUCAUCAACUUUGACGACUUUCAACUUGGCAAGAAUGCCCUGCACCCCAUGGAGCUCGCUCUUAUCGAAGAGUAUGAGCGCCUCGGUCGGUCCGACCUCGCCGAGGCCUUCAAGGGCUGCCGCAAGUAUCAACGGCUCCGGUACCUCCUCCACAACCCGUUCUGCUACUGGUCCACGGCAGCCGAGAUGUGGGCGUUGCGCGACGCGUUUCAGCCUGGUUCAGCUGGGUCAGAGCCGCCAGAGACAAACGAAAAGUGGCUGUGGGAGGCGACGGACCGGUACUUUCUGGAUCCCCGGUGGCUGCACUACCUGACGGUGUGGCCUACCCACGGCGACGGCCGUCGGUUUGAUACAUCACGCACUUGGAGCGAGCUCGCUAUGCCCCCCUCGUACGCUGUUCCUCUCAGCUCCAACGGUGACGGCGAAGAGGACGCAGACCUCGACCAUGCAAGGACCCAGCGGGCGUCGUGGGACGCUCAGGUGGCCGAGGCAGAGGCCACCCCCUUCACCCUUAUAGUGCCGACUGUGGCACCCGUCUCCCCUCCUCCAGCCCAGCCCGAGGCGACCACCAGCAGUAUGCCCAGUGGUAUUCCCGUCCCCACCAGGCCCAUUCGGCCACUCAAGGCUGUGGCUCGCGACCCCAAGGCCAAGGGCCCAGUGGCUGCCGUGGGACUCGCCGCUGUUCCGCUCCUCACCCCCGCGGCGUCACGCAGGCCGCUUGUGGCUGGCGCGGGAACCAACCCCCUCGCCGAUAUCACUGCGCACGCCGUGAACAGUUCGGCGACCCAGCAGACCAACACUGGCAAACCGGCCUUCAUCCCCGGCACUGUUCCUCACGUCGGGGCCAGCGGCGUGCGCAGGCAGCCCGAGCCGUCCCCGCCGCCCGUCCACGCGUCGCCCAGACAGAACAGCAGCGACGAGGACGCCAGCACCUCGUCGUCGUUCAGCGACGGCCAGCUGGCCAUCAACCUCGCCCGCGAGCGUGCCGAGCGGGCGGUCGCGCAGGCAUCCCGCCAUCGCGACGAGCCGCCACGAACCCUCUCGCUCGGAUCGGAGUUUGACAUCAACAAACACGUCCUGGGCCUCGGGUCGCUGGGCGACUCCCCGCUGCUCAACGUCAACCGCCGCGGCGGCGCGCGUCCGGACCGCACCCCAUAUCCCGGCUACGCAACGUUUGACAGCCCCGAGGCGGCGGACGGCGACGUGGACGUGGACGUGGACGUGGACGUGGACGAGGCGCCGACGACGCCGACGCGCGUCAACGGCCUGGGGCUGGACCUCGGCACCCCGCGCCAGAGCCCGUGGAAGGGCGCCAACAUCCUCGUGCCUCCCGCGGGGGCAGCGACGGGGAUGGGAACGGCGACGGCGACGGCGACGGCGACGCGCGGACAGCGUAACCUCUCGACGUGCGUGUACGCGCCCACGACGGCGCAGUACGACCCGCUCGAGGGACAUGGCGAGCCGUCCUCGUUCAACCCCGGCAUUGACAGCGCGCGCAUCACCGAGCUUGCCGACGACGCCGUGGGCGACGCCACCGCCGGCGUGUUCACGGCCCAGGUCGCCGUCCACGCUCCGGUGCGCUACCUGCCCCUGCCGGCCGACGAGGCGAAUGGAGAGGCCAACGCGGGUGUCUGGUGGAACGCGCGCGGGGACAACCUUCCUCGCUCGCUUCCGUCCGAGGUGUCUCUUGAGGUGGCGGAGCGCGACGCGGGGCCACUCAGCCUGCUGCCCGCCACGCCGACGCCGACGUCUAGCGCCCUCGAGGCGCCUGCCUCCAUCCUCAAGACGAAUGGCAUGGUCCCCACCGCCACGCGGGUCGACGAGACCAAGGCCAGGCGCAGGAGCUGGCCUGACGUGUUCCAGCCGCCGGCCCCGGCCUCCACGGUCAGGCCAACGGUCAAGGCCACGCUCAAGGACAAGAAGCCGCCCCGCCGGUCGCUCAUGGACCGGCUCAAGGCGCCGUUCAGGCCCAAGAACAUCCACGAGGUGCGCGUCGAGGUGCAGGGGUUCUCUGCGCGGACGCAGGCGCGGACCUGGACCCAGGCUCCUGUCGCCCCCAUGCCCAAGUGCGAUGUCGAGCUCAAGGUAGGUGCCGAGAGUCAGGGCCCGGCCCAUCCCAAGGUCGAUGUCGGGCUCGAGUCUCAGCCGGAACCGGAGACCACGACCAGCGACCGCAAAAACGUCACGACUGUCAUGUUGCGCCUCUUCUUCUUCUUGACCAUCUUCGUCGAGGUCAAGCGGUGA